UAUGGACGAACAGUAUUCUGAUUUAUGUGAAUUGAUAUUGGAUCAAAAAUUUGAAGUUAGAAAACAAGCAUUGAUGUUAGUGCUCUAAUAUGCUUAGACUGAAGAAGAUAGAAAGAAUUUCUUAUAGACAAAUUUAAUAUUUAACUUAACAAAAUUAUUGGGAGAUGAAGAUGUAAUGACAUCAGUUUUAUCUGUUAUUAUUCAAUUUGCUAUAGAUGAAUAUUAUUAAGAGUAAUUCCUAAAAUUACAUACACUUUAAAGAGUAAUGGAAAUCAUUAAAGAAAAGAUGCUAAAUUUUUAUAAGACUAAAUAAUCAAAUGAAUAAUUAGAACUUACAAUAUAAUUAGGAUUAUUGGCAUUAUAAAAUAUUACUUAAAAUGAAGAAGCAAAAGAGGCUUUAUUAUAAUUACAAUUUAAUGAUAUCAAUAGAUGUUUUUAUUUUAAAUUAUUUUGUAAUUUCUUUGUUGAUGAAAGAUCAAUUUAAAUGUUUACAAAUUUUAAAUAAGUAUUAUUGAAUGUCACUUCAUCAAGUAAUGUUAGAUCUCAAUUAAUAAAAGCUGAAAUGAAAAUGAUGGAAUUCUUUUGUAAAUUAUUAGAAACAGGUGAAUUAUUUGCUAUUUAAUUAAUUAAAAAUAUGGUAUUUGAAUAUGAAUAAUAAGAAGCAUUAGAAUAAAUUAUUUAAUUAUAAUUUAUUGAUAAAGUAAUUGAUUUUAUGGCACAUGAUAUUGUUAUAAAUCAUGAAUUUUUUGAUUUAGAAGAAGGUGAAUUGGCAUUCUAAUUGGCUGUAAUGAAAUUAAAAAAAUAAUUCAAUAAGACAGAAUUCUAAAUUAGAGUAUAAGAAUCAGUAAAAUGUUUACUAAUUAUGACCAAUAUAGAACCUAAUUUAACUAAGAAUACUUAUAAUAAAGCAAGAUUGGAUCUAAUAAUUAGAUAAUUAAGGAAAUUAUAAUUUGUUGAUAAAGAUUAAUUAGAUGUGAUUGAAACAGUUUAUAUUUAAGCUUAAUGA